CAUCGAUGAGAUUUGAUUCGCAAGAGCCAACAAGAUGGUAUAGUAUGCUCCCAUGAGUUGCCACAAAAAGGUACGCCCCCGAGGGGAGCGCCGGGUGGAGCCCCUGGAGCUUGCCCAGCGAUCGGCUCGCUGUGGGGCUUCCGCCUCCCAAGCAGGCCGCAGAUUCCCCCAAGGCGCAGGUGAGCACGUCCGACGCCGACCCCUCCUCGGCGGGCCUCUCCUGGGGCACCUUCCGGUCGGCCCACCCGCGCGCCCGGACCCUACAGUACCGCGUCGAGCUCCGAGAGGCCGUCGCGGAGGCCGCCAGUGAGGAUGGCCAGGCUGGAGGCGAUGAGCGCGAGGACGCCUCGUGGUCUCUCGUGCGCGUCUUCGAGCAGUGCACGCAGGGGGCCCCUCGGACCCUGUCUUGCCAGCUGCGGCACCUGCAGCCCAGCCGUCAGUACGCCGCCCGAGUCAGGGUGCGCCACUGGCCGCUGGACAAGCACUGGCGGGCCGAGGUGGCAUGCCGCUUCAGCACCCCGUGCACAGGGGCGCACCCCGACGACUUCCCGCCUCCCAGGCCGCUGCCGAAGGAGUGGCUCGACCUCCCGGCUCGCCAGCGAGCCGACGAGGGCGCCUUGGAAGGGCACGCCUGGUGCGCGGUGUGGCUGCCGCCGCCCGCCGCGCAAUGGCCGAGGCACCUCUGCUUCUUCGAGUGGCGGCACGCUGGCGGGAGCCCUGCGCAGGCCCUGUGGACGGUCGCGGAGGCAGAGCGCACGGCGCUGCGCCUGUCGGAGGCCGACGCCGGCGUCCUCAGGGGUGGCUGCGGCGAGGUCGUGCGGCUGCCCCACGCGGAGGAGCCGCUGCUCCUCCGCUUCCGGCACGCCGCUGGCCUCGUCACCGCCAUGGCGUACGUGGCGACCUUCUUCGCGCCGCCGGGGCCGCCCGCGGCCUCCCUGGAGGUGUCGGACGACGGCCUCGCGGUCCUGAUCGAGGGCUCAGGCGGAGGCCACCCGGGCCACGCCUCCGCGACGAGGUGCCAGUUCGCCGUCGAGGGCGCGGGCGCGGGCGCGGCGCCGCGGGAGCUGAGCGCCCUCGGCCUCUGCCCUGCCGCGGGGCGCUGGCAGCAGCGCCUCCCGGUGGAGGCCCACGGCGCGCUCCUGCCGCCCCUGGGCGUCGUGCGGCUCUGCGCGCGCGUGGGCGACGGCAGCCGCUGGUCGGAGUGGUCGGCGUGGUCCGCGCCGCUGGAGCUGGCCGUGCCGCGGCCGGAGCCCGCGGCCGGGUCGGAGCUGCGCGCGUGCGAGCUGCCCGCCAGCCCGGGCGCGGUGGAGCUCACGUGGGCGCCGUUCGUCACCGCGGCGGGGCUGCGCGACGUCGACUACCACGUGGAGGCGGCGCCGACGGCCUGCCCGGACGAGAGCACGCAGCAGGUCGUGCCGGCAGCGCUGGCCGCCCGCGCGACGCCUGGCGUGUGCGCCACCAUUCUGCGGAGAACCUCGCCCCUGGCGUGGAGUACAUCUUCACCGUGAGCGCCUCGUACCCAGGGCUGGGCGGCUGCUGCGCGCAACAGGGCCCGGCGGACUCCUCGCUGUUCGCGGUGUUGGCCACGGCUGGCGUGGACGGCCCCGCCUUCGAGCCGCCAGGGCCCCCGAAGCACCUCGCGCCGCCCGACUCGCACGGAGGGGUGGGGCGCCGCGCGCCUUGGGGCUGGGACUUCUGGCUUGCGGUGGACCGGCGCGCGCUCGCCAGGUGCUCCCGGCCGUCGCCCCCGAUGGUCGCGGCCUUCGCGACGACGCCGAAGCCGCGGCUGGCGCUGCGGCAGUCGCCCGCCGGCAGGCUCGAGCUGGCUGUCGGCUUCGCCCUCUGCGGGCUGCCGCCCUCCGCGGCGGCGGCGAGGGCCGUGCGCGCGGACCCGGAGGUGUGGCCGGCGGCGGGAGCCCAUCCGAAGCCUCCGGCGGACACGCCCAGGGUCCCCGAAGCGUGCGGACACCGCUUCGCGACGCGGGUGCAGGUCCGUCGCCGCCUGGCAGGCGACCAGCACGAGGGCGGCGGCCUGGAGCUGGCGCCCAUGGACCUCGACCGAGCCGCGCUGGCGCCCGUGGGCGCUGGCGAAGAGGGCCUGCCGGAGGGCUGGCUCGUCGGCGCCGUGAGGCUCCCCGUUCACCGCCCCGAGUUCGCAGACGGCGAGAAGCAUGUCGUCUCCCUCCGCAUCGGCGACGGCUGGCGGUGGUCGGCCUGGAGCGCCUGGAGCAAGCCCGCCCACGUGCGCGUGCCGCCCGUGGCCGCGCCGGAGGGAGGCGUCCAGGUGACGGCGCAGCCGCCAGCGCGGGCCACCGUCCGCUUCACGGCGCCCCGCUCCGAGCUGGGCGUGCCGGUGGAGUGCGCCCUGUGGGCCUGUCUCCUCGGGCCCGACGGCGCCGAGGCCCGGGACGGCCGCCAGCUUGUGGCGGUGCACACGGAGGGGGGGCUGCCUGCCGGGGGGGCCGCGCAGUGGCGGCAGCUGGAGGUCGGCGUCGGGCAGCUGCUCCCCCGGCGGAGCUACCGCUUCGCCCUGAUGGCCAGGCCGCUGUGCAACGUGUUGGGGCCCCCGGCCUUCCAGGAGGUCGCGUCGUCGGCGCCGCUGGUUUGGCAGGAGGAGGCCGCCGCGGGCGACGACGAGGGCGCCCACGUCGACGUGGAGUCCUGGGACAUACCUCAGGCAGUCCCUGUCCCGGUGCCAGAGAGCAUCGAGGCUGGCAGGGGGGUCUGGCGUGGCAGGGCCGUGCUGCUGGCGUGGCCCCGGGGCACCCCCGUUGGCGACGACCCGCCGCUCGAGCUGCAGGGCCACGCCGAGGGCGAGAGUGGGCCAGCGGCCUGGGCGCCAGUGCCCUGGUCGCUGCAGUACCUGCAGGAGCGACCCCACGUCGUCGCAGCACCGUUGCCUUUCGCCCAAGGGCGUUUCCGAUGGUGGUCGCGCGAUCGGCGUGUUGGUGGUCCUCGCAGUGAGCUGUGCGUUGCGGCGGUGGAGCCGCCCUCCGAGCCAGAAGUGCACGUGUUCUGCUCCGAGACGGCAGUCUACGUCCACAUCCGUGCCCCCCUGCCGCACCCGAGCCACCGGUCUGCGCCCCUGUGCCAGGCGAGAUUCCAGCGGGUGGACUGCGUCCAGGAUGCGGCUGGCGAGGCCAGGGACGUGCCCGUGGGGGAGUGGCAGACCCCGCAGGCGGCGGAGCUGCGCGCGGAGGGCGCGCACCCGCACCGCGCGCUGGACACCGUGUACGGGGAGGCGGACGGCCUCGAGCUCGGGCGCCGCUACGUGUUCAGCGUGCGCUGCGGCGACCGCCGCCGCCGCUCGCCCUGGUCGGCCUCGUCGCCGCCGGUGCUCUUCGACGUGCCGGAGGCCAUGGCGCCCCGCUGCGCCGAGGCGGGCGGUGCGCUGCUGGUGGAGGCGCUGGCGCCCACCUCGGUGCGCCUCUGGUGGGCCGAGGUGCGUGCGCCAGAGGCCCUGUCCCCCAGGAGCGUCGUGGCGCUUGGGGCACCCCCGAGGAGUACCGGCUGGACGUCUCGCGGGUCCUCUCGACCGGGGGCCUGGAGAGCGGCACGCCACCGCCCUCCUCGAGGACGCGGAGGACGGUGCUGCGCCCAUCGACGCCGCCUUCCACGGCCUGCGCCCCGGCGGCAGGUACUUCGCGGCGCUGGCCGCGCGGUUUGCGAGGACCGACCGGCCGGCGAGAGUGGCGCAAGACUGGGCUGACGGCGUCCUUCGAGAUGCCGCCCGACCCAUCGGCGGGCUGAGACCUGACGGCCACCGUCCGCGCGGCCCGACGGGUGCCUCCGCGCGUUUCGCGGGACCAAAAAGCAGAGAACGCGAAAAGCGACCAAAAGCAAAUGCACGGUCGGGGACUUUUGCUUAGCGCGUCGCGCCCCCGGUUCUGGCCCACCA